AUGGAUGACAAGGAGUCGAAAGUUGCAAGUUCAGUUGUGCCCAAACCAACAAGAGUAGAAGCAAUUUCCGCCGUCAUUUGGAAAUGCCAAAAUGAAGCUUCAUCUAAGUCAUCAUCAUCAAACAUAUUGGGGACCCAGACUAGUCUACUAAUGCCAUCAUUCUUCUCUCACGCUAUGAACAUGCGUAAAAUCGCAGUGCUGCCCUUGCCAGAAGACUUGGUUGGGAAUCUAGUGGAUGUUUCAACAGCACACUACUCUCACUCUGGACAGAGUACUAGUGUGAUAGAUUUGAAGGGCGUGGUGGCAAAAAUCAGGGGAGCGCUUGUAGAAGUAAAGGAGCAUUGUGCUACAGAAGUGAUAUUCGAUUCCAGCAAAGCAAGGGAAAAACAGAAACAGUGCAUCAACCUAAUGAAAAAUGAUAACAUAGACAAGUAUGUCUGCUCAAGCUGGUGUCCUACGUUUCUGUUGCAGUUAACAAUAUACCUGUUCUCAUGGACACAAGAGAUGGCAAUGGAAUAG